AUGAAAUCCCUGGGGCUGAAGCUCCUGUUCCUGACCCUCGCCCUGGCGGCGGCGAUGUGUGCCGGGAGGAGGGAGAAGCGGGUCAGAGAGGAUCGGUGCUGGGGCCCCGGGCAGCCGACGGAGAGAGCGCUGCGGCUGUCGGGCCGGACCGGCGCUUGGGUCCGUUUCCCUUCGGUUUACUUGGUGGAGAAGUUGGAAACUCGCGGCGGCCACAGGCGCCACCACUCAGCCCAGGACUGCCCCAAACUACUGCAACCGGGCAGCUCGGACCCCAGUCACCGCUCCAUCUCUCCCUGGACAUACAGGAUUGACUACGACGAGAACAGAUUCCCGGAGAAGUUGGCGUUUGCCGAAUGUCUGUGUAAAGGCUGCAUCAACACCGCGUCGGGACUCGAGGAGCAUCACCUGAACUCGGUGCUUCUGGAGCAAACCAUGAUGGUCCUGCGGCGCCGGCCUUGCCCCCACGACCCCCACCUGUACAGCUUUCAGAUGCAUUACAUCCGAGUGCCGGUGGGCUGUACCUGUGUACUGCCUCGCAAGCACACACUUCCCUCGGCGUGAAUUCACACUCAUCGGGUCUGGUUCUUAUCAAACAUGUCGGGAUUUUAUGAAAGAGUCCA